UACUAUAAAAUCAUUUUUAACACUUUUUAAUAAGUUUUGAAUAAUUAAAAAAUGUUUAUUAUGCGUGCAAAACAAGUUUUGGCGUUGUGUUUAAUAGUUUGUUUUUUUAAACAAAUAGUUUCUACACUCACAGAGAAACAGAAGGCGAUACAAGCGAUAGAAGAUGUAUUCAUAGAAGAGAUGAACGCCAUUGAGCACCAGAAAUCGGAAAAUAACACUGAGUACUACAGUAAGAUGAACGCCAUUGAGCAUCAGAGAUUGGAAAAUAAUGCUGAGUACUACUAUAAGAUGAUGGCCGUUGAGCACCAGAGAUCGGAAAAUAAUGCUGAGUACUACAGUAAGAUGAACGCCAUUGAGCACCAGAAAUCGGAAAAUAACACUGAGUACUACAGUAAGAUGAACGUCAUUGAGCACCAGAGAUCGGAAAAUAAUGCUGAGUACUACAGUAAGAUGAACGCCGUUAAGCACCUGAGAAAGGAAAACAAUGCUGAGUACCACAGUAAGGGAACGUCAAUACUUCAAAAGAAAUUGCAAAGUCUUCGACGCCUAGAAGGUGAAGAACCACAAAUUAAUCUCCAUGCAGAAGAUAAUGUUGAAAAUUCCAAAGGUGAUGACUCCCAGAAUGAGAAAGGCAAAAAUGUUAUGAGCCUAGACCACGAAGCCGUAACAGAUAAUCACCCACCGACUGAUAGCGUUGAAGAUAAGGUUGAAGAUGCCAAAGAUGAUGAUCACCAGAAUGAGGAAGGCAAGAAUGUUAUGAGCCUAGACCAAGAACCCGUAACACAUAAUCUCCCACCGACUGAUAGCGUUGCAGAAGAUAAGGUUGAAGAUGCCACAGAUGAUGAUCACCAGAAUGAAAAAGGCAAAAAUGUUAUGAGCCCAGACCACCAACCCGAAACAGAUAAUCACCCACCGACUGAUAGCGUUGCAGAAGAUAAGGCUAAAGAUGCCAAAGAUGAUGAUCACCAGAAUGAGAAAGGCAAAAAUGUUAUGAGCCCAGACCACCAACCCGAAACAGAUAAUCACCCACCGACUAGAGGCGUUGAACGUUUGCGGCAUAGAUUGCCGAAAGAAGAAAAAAGAGACGUUUGUAUUUUAUCGUAAGUGACCGGAUACAAGCAUACAAAUACUAAUUUUUGUAUUUAAAUAAAAAUAUACAUAUACUAAUACCUAUUUAAUUUGUGUAUGUAUAUUAACAUAACUGGGACAUGAUGGCAUUUCACCAUCGUUUCUUUACAUUUCACUUAUAUUCUAUUUUAUUAUUAACCGUAAAAAUAAUUAUAUUAUAAAAAAAAUUGUAUUUCUUGUCGUGAAAAAAAUAACACAACCAGCCUUACAUAAUUAUAACACAAGGUCUGAAAAUCUAAUAUUUUCAAAGUUACACCGUAAAAUACUGUAUCAGCUACCUAUCUGUUAAUUGGAUUAGGUUUGUAUGAAAAACUCCCCAAUUAAAUUAAGA